AUAUCUUCCAAAUUUAACUUCAGUCAAUUAUUGCAUAAAAAUAAUUCAUCUAAUUUCAAGGUGAAAAAUGGCAACCGCUGUCAAAUUCGGCAAACAUUUGAAAGAAUUAAGAAUUCAUCUUUGCCAGAAAUCAGUGGCAAGUCAGGGUGUCAGAGAUUUUAUUGAGUCACAAUAUGUGCCACUGAAGAAAAGCAAUCCAAAGUUUCCAAUCCUGAUCAGGGAAUGCAGUGGAGUAACACCUGUAGUUUAUGCCAGAUACGAGUACGGUAAAGAAACGAGCGUUCCUUUAUCAGACAAGUCAAGCAGUGAGGUGUUUCAGACUAUACAAACUCUUGCUAAAUCUUAGACAUUCAGUUGAUAUCUAUGGUUUAUGUAAAUAGGAACAGAUAUUAUGUUGUUAAUAGUAUGUAGAAUGAUUGCUUUUGGUAAAAAUAAAUAUUAAAAAAUA